GUUGCAAACUUGCAAUUAGGGAAACUAGGCAUGGAGAUGCUACUAAUUGUCGUGUAGGUUUGGCAUCGUCGUUCGUGUAGGGUCCGCACGUGAGUUCCUAAGAUUCAUUUUAUCCGAAUGACCAGGCCCCGGGAGUGAGACUCCUUCGAAUUCGUCUAUCUCCUCAAAAAGUGGGCAUUCUGAAAUCCGGUCCCGGUUGGAAGGCCCACAAACUCAAACCACCCACUCCCUACUCCAUUUGUUAGGUCAAGUACGACCAACGUUACACUUUUGAAUUCAGAAAAUAGUCAAAUACUGCUCAUGACUAAUUAUUAGUCUUGAAUUGCAAUUUAACCAACUUUGAUUUGUAGCGAACUCUAAUUGCCAAUCUGAAUUCGGCAGGGCUUUUCCAUAGUAUUAUAUGCAGUCGUCAUUGAGCAAUUUCUAGCUUGUGAUGGGCAAAGGAGGAGGCUGCGUGCCCAGCAAGAAGAAUGCGCGGGACGCCGCCGGAGAAUCUAGCAAUGCGCUCAUCGCUAUUGAGGAGAACGCCCACGCUGAUAACCCUGCAGAUAUGCAAAUUCAAGGCACGGUAUCGCAGCCAGCCGCCAAAUUGAAGAUUUUCAUAGUGUUCUAUUCCAUGUAUGGGCAUGUCGAGGGAUUGGCUUGGAGGAUGAAGAAGGGUGUGGAUGGCGUGGAUGGGGUAGAAGGGGUUUUGUACAGGGUGGCGGAGACAUUGCCGAAUGAGGUGUUGGAGAAGAUGAGAGCGCCGCCGAAGGACGAUAGAAUACCGGAAAUAAUGGCAGCUGAGUUGGCUGCGGCCGAUGGGAUUUUGUUCGGAUUUCCGACGAGAUAUGGGUGCAUGGCUGCGCAAAUGAAGGCAUUCUUCGACUCGACGGGGCAAUUGUGGAAGGAGCAAAAGCUUGCAGGGAAGCCCGCUGGGUUCUUUGUCAGCGCUGGCACUCAAGGCGGCGGUCAAGAAACUACUGCUUGGACGGCAAUCACCCAGCUGGCACACCACGGAAUGCUGUUUAUUCCUAUUGGAUACACAUUUGGAACAGGUAUGUUCAAGAUGGACUCCGUCAGAGGGGGCUCUCCAUACGGCGCAGGUGUCUUUGCCGGUGAUGGCACGAGAGAGCCUAGCGAAACAGAGCUUGCACUUGCAGAGCAUCAAGGCAAGUAUAUGGCCGCUGUAGUCAAGAGGUGGCAUGGCAUGGAUUGUUUUCCCCCGUGGCGUGUGUUGCCUCUUUGCAUUCCAGGUGGAGAUCGAUCCUCUCGCCGUCCAGCCCUUUCCCCUCUCCACUCCGUCCAGCAUGGGCUUCCCCACCGUGUUACCAGGCCGAGGUCGGACCCACCUUGGAGAUCGAAUCCAGGAUGGAGAUGGUCGGAAGAAUGAAGGUGCUGCACACCUUGGAGAUCGAACCCAGUAUGGAGAUGCCCGGAAGAAUAGGACCUGCACACAUGGCAUGCCACUGGGCAAAAUCUGGUUAAAAA